UGACAGGAUCAGUGCUGGGCUGUGAUCUUCCGCUGGAGCGUCUUUUUCUGGGAUCCUGUGGCUCUGCCCUGCACACUGAGUGAGGAUACACCGCUCCCAGCUGCCAGCAGUGUGUGUGUGUGUGUGUGUGUGUGUGUGUGUGUGUGUGUGUGUGUGUGUGUGUGUGUGGCUUCACCACGUUUUGCACGGAGCAUCAACCCAACACCAGCUGACUGUUUUCACUCUGUCAGAUUCUUAAACGACGGAUUCAAGGAGGAAGCUGAAGCACUGAGUCAGUGAUGCACGUCUGUACCUGAUGGACCUGUGACCUGUGCUGAGGAUCAUACUACAUACAUGUUGUUGGAGCACAGCUGGACAGACUGAGGCGUCACGUGGAGCUGGAUGCAGGUUGUUGUUUACCUCCUCAUCUCUCCUCCAGCUCCCAGCAGCCCCUCUGAUUUACUGCCUGCUGGUGCUCACCCUCAGCUCUCUGCCUCCUUCUCUCAAACACAGCAAAUCUCCAAAGUGACCUGUUUAUUCCCCCAGAAUGAAUUUCGACCAGAUCCUGUCUGCCAUCGGAGGCUUCGGGAAGUAUCAGAAGAUCCUGUACGUGUGGAUCUGUUUGCCUCAGGUCCUCCUCGCCUUCCACAUGAUGGUGAGCAUCUUCACCGGAUCCACGCCGCCUCACCACUGCCAGGACAGCUCCAUCUCAGUGACCGGGAAUCAGUCCUCCUUCCCGGAUACACUGAGCCUCAACUUCAGCCUGUCGGAUCCCACCCGCUGCUUCUCUGAGGUCCUGCAGGACAACCGGACCGAGCGCGUCCCGUGUGGCCACGGAUGGGUGUACAGCCAGGAGACCUUCCAGAGCACAACAGUCACAGAGUGGGACCUGGUGUGCGACAAAGCCGGACUGAACAGUCUGGGUUCGUCUGUCUACAUGUUCGGCCUGUUGGUGGGAUCGGUGCUGUUUGGAGCCAUGGCUGACAGGUACGGCCGACGUCUCAUCCUGCUGCUGUCCAUCGCUCUGCAGACUGUGUUUGGAGUCGCCGUGGCGUUUGCACCCAACUUCCCCAUCUAUGUGAUUCUUCGCUUUAUAGUUGGCACCACCAUAUCCGGAGUCAUCAUCAAUGCCUUUGUACUUGGCACUGAAUGGACGUGCACCAAGAGACGCAUGCUAGCAGGUAUCAUCACCGACUAUGCGUUUGGUCUGGGCUACAUGCUGCUAGCAGGCAUAGCGUACUUGAUACGAGACUGGAGGAAGUUGCAGCUGGCGAUAUCAGCCCCGGGCUUCCUGCUCAUCUUCUACAUAUGGGUGCUCCCUCAGUCUGCCAGAUGGUUGUUGGCCAACGACAGGAGGGAGGAAGCCAUCGCACUCCUCCGCAAGGCGGCACUGGUUAACGGCCGGGUCUUACCUCCUGCUGUACAAAUUGAAAAGUGUCAGAUUCUAAGUGAAGGGAAGCGAAGUCACUCAGCUGUGGAUCUUGUACGAACACCUCAGAUGAGGAAGAGGGCUCUCAUCUUAUUCUACAUCUGGUUUGUGAACGUGCUGGUGUAUUACGGCCUCUCUCUGGGCGUGUCCAGGUUGGGGACAAACCUCUACCUGACCCAGUUUGUGUUCGGGCUGGUUGAGAUCCCGGCUCGUACCCUCGUCCUGCUCGUCCUGCCCUUCAGUCGCCGACUCUCCCAAAGUGGAUUCCUGGCUGUUGGAGGUCUCGCCUGUCUGCUCAUGCUGGCUGUGCCUGCAGAUCAUCCCAGCGUCCUGACUGCUCUUGCCAUGGCGGGGAAGUUUGGUAUAACAGCUUCCUUUGCUGUAAUCUAUGUGUACACUGCUGAGAUAUUCCCCACGGUGCUUCGGCAAACAGGGAUAGGUGUGUCCUGUAUGUUCGCGAGGAUGGGCGGUGUGUUAGCUCCCGUUAUAAACAUGCUCCAUAACCACAGCCCCACCACACCUCUGGUCAUCUUCGGUAUGUCCCCGCUGCUGGGUGCUGUCCUGGCCCUGGCCCUGCCCGAAACUGCCAACAGACCUCUGCCUGACACAGUGGAGGAAGCAGAGAGCUGGGACAUGAGGAGCAAGGAGAACCCUGAGAUGUCUGAGGAUAUGAGCCAAUCAGCCAGAAGCGCGGAGCGGCAGGAGAUGCGUCUAACAAGCCAGGCCUGACUGCGUUUUAAAGACUACACACAUUCCAUGAGUCACGUUAAACAGCCUCAACUGUUUCCUGCAGAUACAGAACUUAAAGGUAACGUUGGUAUUUUUUAACCUGGAUCCUAUUUUCACGUGUGUGUGUGUGUGUCUAAGUGACCAGUGGAGACAACGGGUUUUGAAACUGGUCCAGUAUUGAGUGAGACUGAUGCAGGAGGUGGCUGCGAAACAGGCUGUAAUGUAACCAGUUGGGGCAUUUGUGCACCAUCAAUUUACGUCCACUAAACGUGCUUGUUUUUGUCACUGACAGGCUCAGACUGUUGUCAUAAGUGUCUGACAACAGAAAAACACCUUGUUAAAGAGUAAGAUCGUUUUUGUUUAACCAGAAACAGCCCCAGAAUCACCAACGACCAUCCCACCAGGCUCCAUUUAAAUAAUAAGUAAUUUUAGCGUGUAUAGAGGCAGCAUGUUUUUACAUCUCACCAGGUGAAUUAAAGGUUUACUUCAACCAAACCAGAGCUGGUGAUUGUUGGAACAGUGGAAAGACAAACCAAAACAGCUUUUGUGAGUCCUAUUUUGUGAUCUAGACUUUGAAUGAAGUGUGUUUUAUGAUGAUAAAAUUUGUGUUUAUUUAAAUGGAGUCUGGUGUGUUUGGUGAAGGCAAUUAGACGACAAUGGUUUCUCUAAAAACGGAAAAGUCUGUCCUUUGCCUUUUAGAAAACUUCUGCGUUUAUAUGACGACGUUAUUGAAACGAUCUCCGUUCACAUGGAGCCGCAAAAUCAGGUAACGUAAGGCUGCAGUGCCGGAGGCUGCAGUUUUAGGACCGUUUAGUUUUCUGAGCGGAGGCUGCAACCUGAAGUUUAUUUUUAUUUUUUUGCUAUACCCAAAUACUACUUUCUUAUUAAAUAGUUAUAAUCAGUGUUGGGCAGUAACACGUAAUUUGAUUGAUGAAGCCCACGUAACUAUACAUUACCAUUGCCUGUCCUCUCCGCUCCUCUCACCCACACUUGAGCAUCUGUCCAGGGAGGGCUGCGGAGGUCAGGCCGGGCAGGCCGACACUGUGUAUCCCAGAACAGGUGCUCAAAUGUGGGUGAGAGGAGCGCAGAGGACUGCAGAGUUGCCACAGUAGAUCUACACUUUGCUGAAGCGUUGAUAAAUUCAACAAGAUGAGCAGCACAAACAGAGCUCGGCAUUGUUGUUGCGAUGGUUGACUUUCUCGCGCAUGUCUAGUGACUGAAAAUUUUCAGAGGAACUGCAUAUUGCAAGUUUACUUGACAAUGGAGGCGGUGCCGUUUCCAAAAAAUUGCACUCUGGAACCUGUUUUCAAAACAUUGCGUUUUCAGGCACCCAAAACGCAGCUGUCGUGUAAACAAUCGGCCAAAAACGCAACUUAAGUUUACUGUUUUCAGUUGAAAUCGUUGUCGUAUAAACGGGACCUUAGAGACUGUUUCUGGUAAAAUAAAAAGCUCUAUCUCUGUAGGGAUCCUUUCCAUUAUGAUCAUGACACCAGCAAUCUGAGCCUGCAAGUGGCAAAACUUUGAGUUGACAUAAACUGACAGUGCGCAGUUGCCCCACGUAGACACAUUGUAGCCUGUUUCGCUGCUCCUGGCUUCAGCAGUCUCGCUCACCACUGGACCAGUUUACACACAGUUGUCACCUUUAGUCUCUUAGACACACAAAUAUGAGAAAAAUAGAUUUCAGUUUGAAAAAUACCAAAGUCAUCCCUUCACAUAACAUCCUCUAUGCAACACAUGCCAAGACCUGAUUUAGAGCGCUAUGCAAACCAACCUAACUAGCUCGGGCAUCUGCACACACACACAAAGCAGUCAUUCAUACGUGCUGCCAAGGCAAAGUCACAGCAGAGAACAGUCUUCCUUUACAAUCUUGUGCAUUCCUCAAAUAUUUACAUCUUUGUUCCUAUUUUGAGAAGUGGUUUGAUGUAUGUUACAUGUGUGGUUCUGCAGUCGUUUCCUUAACGACUCUGCAGAACCACUGAUUGCAUGUUUGUGUAUAUUUAUUAGAGGUGGGAACCAGAGGAUUCAUGAUACUAUUACUACACCAGUAUUGUGAUAAAAUAUACUGUGAUUUAUUUCCUUUUUUCAACUGUAAAUUAUGUCCUCAAAGGAAAACUUUGUCAACAUCUGUUUUCAGUCUGUUCAUGUCACUUCAGCAGCAGCAAAAUGUUCCAAGUGAACUAAAAACGCAAUUGAUUAUAUUAUUCUAGUUGGCCACCUAAAGUUUAACUUGUAUUUAUCAUAUUAAUAAUUAAUAAUUGGCACUGUGGUGAUAUGAUAUUACCUCACAAAGAUAUCACGAUACUAUGCUGUACUGAUUUUUCCCCCACUGCUAAUAUUUAUAAAUCUACAGACAUCAGCUCAGAGCUAUAAUUUCUAAUCCUCUGCUGAUUUGAAAGCAUCAAAUAGGUGGAGAGGAGAAGCAGAUAUUGUUAGGACUUCAUAUUUUUCAGGACCAAAGGGUUUCUUACUUUUUGUGGAUAAUAUUUUUGUAUAAAAGUACCACGUCUGUUGACUGUUUGCUGAAUAGCUUUGUUGUGUCUUAAUGCUGUAUCGAACAAAUAACUGCCUCAUUUUCUACAGAAAAAUCUAGUUUAGUGAGAAUGCAUGCACUAAUUAACUUAGUUAUGCUUAAUGUAGAAUUUGUUAGACUAAUGAACAGUGGCGUACAAAUGUUUGGGCACCAAUGGUCAACAUUUGAUUCACUGUGUAAAGCUAAGCAAGUAACAGAUGAACUGAUUUUCAAAAAAAACAUGAAGUUAAAGAUGACACAUUUCUUCAAUAUUUUAAGUAAAUAUUUUAAUUCACUUUUUUGUUUCAAUGUUUUAUAGUUUGAAAAUGACAAAAAAUUAAAUUGCCUGAAGCAGAAGUUUGGGCACCCUAUAUGGUCAGUGCUCAGUAGCGCCCCCUUUGGCACUUUUUGUAUCCAGCUCAGAGUCUCUCAGUUCCUGUUUGGAGGAUUUCUUCUUGGGCCGUCUUCAUGCUCUGCUCUUUGAGCUCUAUCCACAGAUGUUUAGUGAUGUUUAGGUCGGGGGACUGUGAGGGGCGUGGCCAAACCUUCAGCUGGCUCCUCUUGAGGUCGUCCAUUGUGGAUUUGGAGGUGUGUUACGGAUCAUUGUCCUGUUGUAGAAGCCAUCUUUACAGAUGCUGUGAUGUCUGGACUUUAACUGAAUCCAUUCUUCCCUCUACCUGUGAAAUGUUCCCCGUGCCACUGGCUACAACACAAGCCCAAAGCAUCAUCCAUCCACCCCCGUGUUUAACAGUGUGUUCUCCAAACAUACCUCAAAGUUCUGUUUUACCUUCAUCAGUCCACAGGACUUGUUUCCAAAAAGCGUCAGGCUUGUUUCAAUGUUCCUUUGCAAACUUGAGGCUGAAUUUAGCGGCGAGGACACAGGAAAGGUUUUGAUUUGCCUUUCUAACAAUCCUACGAGCAGCUCUCUCACAAAGUUUUCAGCUUGACCUCCACAGUUCCUGUUGACGUCCAUUUCGUAAUGACAUGACCAACUGAGGAAACAGCUCCCUGAAAACACUUUGCUGUCUUCUUAGAGUCUUCAUCAGGUCUUUUAUUUUCAGAGUGCUAGGCAGCUGUUUAGAGGAGCCCAUGGCUGCUGAUUGUUGGGACAAGGUUUCAGGAAGUCAGUUGAAAUUAGCAUCACCUGGCCUUUCCUAAUGAUGACUGAACAAACCAGAUCCCUGGUCUGAGGUCAUAGUUAAAGUUGUCUGAGAGCUCAAAUGUUUUGGGUCGCCCAGACUUUUGCACGGUGCUCCUUUCUUUUUCUUUCACUCCAAACUUGUACAGAACAAAAAUAAGACACUAAUCUUGCUGAAAAUGUUAAAGAGCAUGUUUUGUCUUUGACUUCAUGUCAGUUCAUCUUCUAACUAACUUUUCACAGUAAAGUAUAUUUCGACCGCAGGGGACCAAACGUUUGUACGCCACUGUUAUUGAUUUGUAGUUUUGUAUGGAAACUUUGGGAUGUGACUGUGAUUAGCAUGUGAAAUAUUUAGCUUCAGCAUUGUUUGUUCUCUCUUUAUUACAUUGAAUUAUUCUUAGGUAUUUUAUGACUUGCUAUGAUGACUUGGAUCUGUUUAGUAUCUUUAAGGGCUGUUACUGUGUGUAUGAAUUUGAUAGACAAAAAACCUCAAGGCAUGCACCAGAAGCGCAGACUGUGCAAUUUGCAACGUCACUCAGGUAAAAUCUGUU